AUGUCCCGUCAACGUAGAGCUAACUCGGAAGGUGAUUCUGAACUCAACGAAACAGUAAUUGAAACAACUACUCCUCCAAGAACACAACCUCGUACAUCUACUGAUAACAUUGCCGCUCUUGUCGCUUCCAUUACCGCACUACGUGAUUCAAUUAUAGAAUUGCGGAAUGAAACUAGCACACAACGCGCAGAUAUACAACAACUCCACGAGCGUAUGAAUGAUCAUGGAGGAAAUAAUACGCAACCUGUUCCGCCGCCCAGCCAGCCACACAAUACGCAAGACAUCGUAUCAACGGAGCCACAUCGCACAUCUGCAGAGACUAUAACGCCACAGCCACAGACGUCCACUACGUCGUUGAAUAAUCGCCAACCACCAUUGUUUAUGGAUAACGCCAUCACAAAGUUGUAUCCUCUGCCUGUAUUUGAAGGUAAUCCAGAGGAUUGGCCGCUUUUCAUCGCUUGCUAUCGUGACACUACCGCCGAAUUUAAUUACGGCAAUCGACAAAAUUUAAUAAGGUUACAAAGGGCCUUGAAGGGCGCGGCUAGACAAGCUGUUGCUUCAUUAAUGAUUUACCCCGACGAUGUUCCUGGCAUUUUGAACGAACUCGAAUUUAAUUUCGGGCGGUCUGACCUACUAAUACGAGCACAACUGCAAAAGGUGCAACAAUUUCCAAUUAUUCACGAAAGUCGUCUUGACAGCAUUCUGGAAUUUUCCACACGGGUGCGCAACGUCGUAGCCUUUUUCAAGUCAGCUAGAUGCGAACAUCACUUGGUAAAUCCAACGCUUUUGGAACAACUUGUUUCGAAAUUGCCACCUUCCAAGCAAUUCGAGUGGGGCAAACGUGUAGCCGAGUUAGGGCCAUUUCCAACAGUGGAUAAUUUCUCCACCUGGCUCAGCGAAUUGGCUCGGGUUAUAUCACUUAUGCCAAGAACAACUGACAGAAGCACUACAUCAACUAACAGCCGUCAGGUAAAUAACCUAAACAAUAGUAGUCGUCAACCAACUAUAGCAGGAGGUGGUAGUCGCCGAUUGCUUCUCAGUCACGAGGCGCCAAGUGUUCGACGUGCACAACGAUGCGUCCUAUGUAGCGAGGGACAUCCGUUGUCGGAAUGUAGCCAGUUUAAUGGCCGUAAUCCCAACGAGCGAUGGGUUGUAGUCAAACGUCAUCAAGUUUGUUUUUCUUGUCUCGGCAAGGGACAUAGUCUACAAAAUUGUCAAAAACGAGCCACAUGCGGUGUAAAUGGUUGUCAACGCAAACACCAUCAGCUGUUGCACACGGAAAUUGAAGCAAGCAGCAAUAACAACAAUGAUGAUCAGAUCCAACGCGUUUAUAAUUGCCGACAGUAUAAUGAGUCAACGCUAUUUAAAGUUUUUCCAGUCACAUUGAUAGGGCCGCGUGGCGAAAUCAAUAUCUAUGCCAUGUUUGACGAAGGAUCAUCUAUAUCCUUGAUCAGUGAGCGAGUCGCGUCUAGCUUAGGCGUGCAGGGACAAACAUCAUUGUUAUCGUUACAGUGGUAUGGCAAAAAUAAAACCACCGAAAAAUCACGCAAGGUAUCAAUCGAAAUAAGAGCACCGUAUGCUGAUCACACUUAUGCAAUAAAAAAUGUACGCACCAUUGGUAAUUUGGACUUGCCAAUGCAAUCUUUUAAUAGUAAGAACUUUCAUCAUUUAUCAACAAUGCCAACACUCAGUUAUAUCGACGCAAAGCCAGAACUGCUUCUUGGAUUGGACAACUCUUUCUUGGGUGUUACGCAUGAGAUCAUUGAUAAUGGACCUAACCAGCCUAUUGCCGCCAAAACCAAACUAGGUUGGAUAGUGUAUGGACCGUCGCAUGAAACCGUAAGUACACCAGCACGUGUAAUAGUAGUUAGAGAGUCACAUACUAUGAAACAGCUGCACAAGCUAGUCGAAGAUUAUAUAAUAACCGACACUGUAGCCAGUAGAACGCAAACUGACACUAUAUUAGAAUCUGACAGUGACAUAAGAGCGAGAAAAAUAUUAGAAGAGAAUACUAAGUGCUUGGGUGGUCGAUACGAGGUGAGCUUGCUGUGGAAAACAGAUGACGUCACACUUCCACCUAGUUAUGGCAUGGCUUAUAAGCGCUUAUUGCAAGUAGAGGCCAAGAUGCGCAAAGAUAGUCAGUUUGCAAAAUGUUAUAUAAAUGAAAUAAAUAAAUACAUUGAUAAAGAUUACGCGAAGCAACUAAGUACAGCCGAGGUCAAUAUCGUAAAGCCAACGACGUGGUACUUACCACAUUUUGGGGUAGUCAACCCACAUAAACCCGAUAAGUUACGCAUCGUGUUCGAUGCCGCCGCUAUGACAUCCAACGUUUCGCUUAAUAGUUUCUUGCUUAAAGGGCCAGAAAAGGCACAGUCGCUACUUACAAUUCUUUUUAAAUUCCGACAAGGACACAUCGCCGUGGCUGGCGACAUAGAAGAGAUGUUUUCACAAGUUCGUAUAAGAGACGAGGAUCAAGACUCCCAACGCUUCUUGUGGAGAAACGGUGAUCCCAGCAAGCCAAUUCAGGUCUAUGUAAUGAAAUCCAUGAUAUUCGGUGCAGCCUCAUCGCCGUGUUGCGCUGAACAUGUGAAAAAUGUUAAUGCCGCCAAAUUUGAGUCACAAAUGCCAAAAGCCGUCGACGCCGUAACAAACAAGACAUAUGUGGAUGACCUCGUCAUUAGUUUUCAUGACGCCAAAGAAGCCGAGCAGACGAUAAUAGACGCUAUAAAAAUAAAUGCAGCUGCAGGGUUUAAACUUCGUAGAUUCGUAUCCAAUUGCAAAGCUUUAGAAGCGAGUUUGAACAAUGGCAAUUCUUUGCAGUCAAACAAGUUCAACUUGGAGCGAAAAGACGCAGUCGACAAAAUAUUGGGAAUGCAUUGGAAUACCACAACAGAUAAUUUUGAAUUUAAAUUUCAUUUCUUUAAAAUAGCCAAAGACAUGUUGCAAGGUGAACGGCCACCGACAAAAAGGGAACUCUUAGGAAUCGUAAUGUCUAUUUACGAUCCCUUCGGGCUUCUUACGAAUAUUACAAUCUCGGCAAAACUACUACUGCAAGCACUAUGGAAACUAGGCGUUGAAUGGGACGAAGAGUUACCACACCAAUUGGUUACGCAAUGGAAGAUGUGGUGGGCCAAAUUUCAGUCGGUCAAGUCAUUGACCAUUCCGCGCUGCUACUGCAGCUUUGUUGACAGUGCUCAAAGUGUUCAACUGCACAUAUUUGUUGACGCCAGCACAAGUGCCUAUGCCGCUGCCGCUUACCUGAGAGUACAAAAGGAUGACGUCGUUGAAAUAUCAUUAGUAUGCGCUAAAGCAUCAUGCGCACCACUUAAACCAACAACAGUUCCUCGUAUGGAACUGCAAGCAGCAGUAUUAGGAUGUCGCAUCAAGAAUCUCGUCGAAGAAAGCCUUGACAUUCCGAUACAACGAACAUUUCUAUGGAGCGAUUCGCAGACCGUUAUACUUUGGAUACGCUCGCAAUCGCGGGUAUACAAACCAUAUGUCGCUCAUAGAAUAGCCGAAAUACUCAACACGUCUACGACAGAUCAGUGGCACUGGGUGCCCACAAACUUAAACGUUGCCGAUGAUGCAACACGCGCCAAAUUUACGUCGGAAAGUUCAUCACACUCACGUUGGUUGAAUGGACCAGAUUUUUUAAACCAGGACGAGGGAAGCUGGCCUCGAGAAGUCAUGAUGUCGUCAGAUGAAUGUGUCAAAGAAGAAACAAGUCGCCGUUUGCUUGCCUGUGAUAGAGGUAAGAUACUUGUCGAGUUUACUAACUUUUCUUCUUUCUUAAAGUUGACCAGAGUUAUGGCUUGGUUAUUGCGAUUCGUUAACAACAGUAGGAAGAAAACACGCAUGAAGGGUGAACUCAAAGCCGUGGAAAUCACAUCUGCCGAAAAUCACAUAUUUCGCUUAGCACAGCGAGAUGCAUACGCCGAAGCAAUUGAAGACUUACGCCAGAAGAAAUCGUUGCCAAAAAACUGCAGUUUAUAUCCACUUACGCCGUACUUAGACGAAGACGAUUUGAUCAAAAUAUACGGAAGGUUAGAUGCAGCUUAUUGCCUACCUAUCAGCGCUCGUCGACCAAUUAUACUACCAGCAAACCAUCACAUUACGCAUUUACUUGUAUUAGAUUAUCACGCCAGACGGCAUCACCAAAACGACAACUUGGUGAUCAACGAAAUCCGUCAACGCUUCUGGAUACCGGCGAUUCGAAAUGUAUUAAAACGCAUUAAGAGGAACUGUCAAGUUUGUAUUUGUGACAGAGCCAAGCCAACUGCUCCAUUGAUGGGACAGUUACCCACAGACCGAGUAACACCAUAUGUUCGACCGUUUUCAUACUCAGGGGUGGAUUAUUGUGGGCCAUUCCACGUCGCUAUUGGUCGCAGGAGGGAGAAACGAUGGGUCGCAUUAUUCACAUGUUUGACGACAAGGGCAGUGCAUUUGGAGAUGGCAGAAAACCUAUCUACCGAUGCCUUCAUCAUAUGCCUACGCAACUUUAUUAAUCGUCGCGGCACACCCAUACGUAUGCGAAGCGACAACGGCACCAAUUUUGUGGGCGCACAAAAGGAGAUGAGAGAUGAAAACAGACUUUUUGACUUUAAUGCUAUCGAGCGUGAAUUUGCAAAACACAAAAUGGAAUGGGUAUUCAAUUGUCCGGCCGAUCCGAGUAGUGGUGGAUGUUGGGAACGCCUAAUUCAGUGCACCAAACGUCUUCUGCACAAAGUUUUGAAGGAAGAAGCACCAAGGGUCGAAACGCUCCGUAGUGUUCUUAUCGAAAUAGAGAAUAUUAUAAACAGUCGGCCGUUGACAGAUAUACCGGUCACAGCUGAAGAAGAAGAACCACUCACGCCGAACCAUUUUUUGAUUGGUUGCUUAAACUCCACCCAGACACCACAUCCCGCAGACGAACGAAUUUGCUUACGCAAACAGUGGAAGAUUGCUCAAAACCUAAAGGAUCGUGCCUGGAAGAGAUGGACAAUUGAAUAUUUGCCGCGAUUACUGUGCCGACCAAAGUGGCGUGAUGACGUGCCUGCCUUACAACCGGGAACACUCGUUAUA